AUGUAUGGUCUCGAUGCAGCUAGAAAAACAACUCUACUUUAUGUAUCAAAAUUCGGUGAAGUCAUAUCAACAGUUCCAACAAUUGGUUUUAAUGUUGAAACAGUAAGACAUGGAAAUAUAAAUAUCAUAGUUUGGGAUGUUGGUGGACGUGAUAAAAUUCGAGCUUUGUGGCGUCGUUUUUAUGAAAAGACAUCAGCAAUUGUUUUUAUUAUCGAUUCAAAUGAUCGUGAUAGAAUAGACGAAGCAUGCCACGAAUCACAUAAGAUGGCAAAUGACGACUUAUUAAAAAAUUUACCGAUUCUCGUCUUUGCUAAUAAACAAGAUUUACCGAAUAUUUUAACACUUGAUGAAAUCAAAGAAAAACUGAAUUUAUCAAAAUUAGAUGAAAUAAAAACAAAAUAG